AUGGAGCAAGACGAUCACUACGCAGUGCUUGGGCUGACGCCAGCAGCCAACGACGGGGACAUUCGCCAAGCAUACAAGAAGGCUGCCUUGCGCUGGCAUCCCGACAAGAAUCCAAAGGCCAAAGCCGAAGCUGAAGCGAACUUCAAGCGCAUAGCUGCCGCCUAUAAGGUCCUCUCUGAUGCAGCAAAGCGAAGAGUCUAUGACGAGUCGCUGGCCAGAGAUGUACCGGCUUCGAGGGCUGGCCCUGGAUCCGCGAAGGCGCGCUCCAAGCCCAGAGCCACGGGUCCGCCGAUACCGAUCACUCGGUUGCCGCCGGAGCCGGCCGUGGACCUGCAGGAGGCCUUCAACCUCUUCGAAGACUUCUUCGGACACGACCCUUUCAAGGAUUUCGAUCGGAUGUUUGCGAAUGCAGGGCCACAGGACCCUGGCUUUCCAGACUGCUGGAUCUUGAGUUGA